AUGGCCAAGCUGAUGUCUAUGAAAGGCCCAAACGGUAAAUUCCCAUGCCGUGCGUGCAAGAUUGAGGGCGUAAACCAGGGAGGGGCUGGCCGUGGCAAAAAUACCCUCUAUGUUCCCCUUUCCCGACCCUUUGUCCCACGUGCCGAGAUCCAACGUUAUGAUCCUCUCAACCUACCUUGCCGCUCUCAUGCCAACCAUGUUCAGCAGGCACUUGAUGUUCAGGGUGCAGUCAAUGACCCUGCUGAGCAGGUCCUCUCACGCAACACCAGUGUUAAUGGACUUUUGCCCCUUGCACAUCUGGCCUUGCUGGAGUUCCCUACCUUGUUCCCACAUGAUUUUAUGCAUGUGAUGUUUGAGAACAUUCUCCCAACACUCAUAGGGCUCUGGACUAGGCGUGGUCAAUGGUCAACAUUUGGAUCCAACAACAAGGACUACCAACUACUGGAUGAGGUCUGGACUGCGGUUGGUGUUGCAUGCGCUGAUAGUGGUGACACAAUUCCAGCAGCGUUUGGUUGUUGCAUACCAAACCUUGACACCAAACCACAAGAGACCACAUUGGAGAGCAUGUUGCUCUUUGCAACGCUCAUUGGUCCUGCUCUCCUCCAUUGCCGCUUUGUGCGCCCCCGCUACUACCACCACUUUGUUUGGCUGGUCAAGCUGAUCAAGCUGUGCAUUGGACUUGAUGUCAGGCGUGUUGAUGUAGAUGAGAUCCGGCAAGGGUUUGCGCAUCAGAUCAAGCACUUGUAUGGCCUUGCAGAGGAGCUGGAUCUCAAGAUGCGUCAAGAGAACAUUGCAACAGGUACACGCUACAACGCGUACAAAGAUCUUGUCUUUGUGAAGCCUAGGCGUGAGCGCCCUAUUCAGGGUCCCUUGAUCCGCAAGGUUGCUGAGUUCAUUUCUACUCAAAUCCCUGUCAGUGCCGCUUUCAUCCAGAACAAGCUAUUCAACUGCCCAUUUGUUGCCUGGGGCAAGAUGCAGCGGAUCACUAGGAAUGAGGCAGGCAAUGUCACUGGCGGGGAUCUCAUUCAGGGGGACCAUAUUGUGGCUAACAACUGCAAGUUGCGUGAUGCCUUGCACGUCAUGUACUGGUCAGUUAACUCACACUGGCAAUGGGUUAGAGGUCCAGCUGUGGUUCUUGACGAGGAGACAUUUGGCUACAGUUGUGCUGAACAAUUCCUUGUGAUUGACGCAGCUUUCCUGCGGCACGUUACCAAGUGUGCUGGUGUGUUUUAUCCACAUCUAGAUGACCUUGUGCUUGCCGUUGUAUCCCCAAUUCCCUAUCUCUGCCACAUUGCCUCAUCUGGAAUUACCCAGUACAGCCUAAGGGGUGGCAGAUAUGUCUCACCUGAGAUCCUUGAUGCGUCAAAGAUUGAUUGCUUGGUUGGGCGUGUGCAAUUGCCACUUGGUGCGUUGUACAUCGUCCAACGUGACACAGCAGUUGGGCAGCUUGACAUGUUGGAUGAGGUUGUUAAUCCCAAUUAA